AUGCGAGAGCUGUUAUGGCAGAUUCACAACGACGGCGCUAUCAGCGAAGAAAAUAUUGGAAGUCGAGUUUUCUGGUUCGAAAAUCAUCCUGUACUGCGCAAGCGUGAACCUGAAAAUCCUGAGUCGUCACCAGACUCCAAGCCCGUCAUCGAGCUUCUCCCCAGUCCCCGUCUGUUGUCCACACAUCUGCCUUAUGAGGUGAUUCCCAAAGGCAAAGACGACACCACGACUUGCAAGUACAUUUACAUCGCAAGGAAUCCUAAAGAUGCUGCAGUUUCCAUCUACCACUUCUUGUUAUUUUUUCCUGAAAUGGGCGAGUUCACGUGGGACCUAGGCGUAAAGUUAUUUCUCCAAGGAAGACGUGAGUGCUUGCUGCGUUAA